CUGGCUGAGGAGACAGGAAGCGGGGCCGGCCUUCUCCACGGCUUCCCUUCCAGCGAGCUGAGCUGCCCCACACCCCGUCACCAGCAGCCAUGCCGAAAGAAGAGUUCUUCGUGGACAUGACCUGUGAGGGCUGUUCAAAUGCUGUGACCCGCGUGCUUUCUCGGCUUGACGAUGUUCAGUAUGAAAUUGAUUUGCCGAAUAAGAAGGUGGUGAUCCAGUCUGAUAAUCAUUCCGUGGACCAAUUGCUGGAGACCCUAAAGAAGACCGGAAAAGAAGCCAGACACUUAUCUUCCAAAUAACAUGGCAUAGGAAGAACAGUAAUUUUCAAUGAUCAGAGAAUAAACUGCGCUUGGGUAGAGAUAGAACCCAUACAUCCCAUCCCUUAAGAAGAGACAGUGGAGCAUGAGCCGGGGAAUGUCUUUACCUCUAUUAUUUCUUUCAUGUAUCAGAAUUUUAGAUAAUCAGAUUAUUAGUGACAUUGGGUCAUGAGCAGCGGAAAUGGAUUUUAAGUGCCUCUGUUUUCUGUCUUUGAUAUUUCUUUCCCAGUCACUAGAAUGCAAUAAAUACAUACAGCGCCUGUUUUUGUGCUAAUAAAAUAAUUCAGUAUAGAGAUUAGCGAA